UCGAGUAGCCUGUGUUUGAAAUCCUCGCUGUCGCUGAAGGUCCGCUGAUAUCCACAGAACUCGUUUUUAAAUUAUAGUCAUCAUUGUUUUUAUUGUGGUUCUGUUUUUAUAGAGCCACAGCUCUGUAGACGCUACUGGAAGCAUAAGACGACCACCAUGGCUGAGAGCAACGUCUGCAGCCAUGUGAGGGUGGCGGUCCGCGUGCGGCCUGCAAACACCCGGGAACUGGAGGGAAACUACAAGAGGGUGGUUCAUGUGGUGGACAAUCACAUGCUAAUCUUUGACCCAAAGGAGGAGGAAGUGACCUUCUUCCAUGCACAGAGACUUAGGAACAGAGAUAUCAGCAAAAAACCCAAUAAGGAUCUAAAGUUUGUUUUUGACACGGUCUUUGCUGAGGAUUCUACUCAGGGUGAUGUCUUUGAGAACUCCACAAAAGGGAUUCUGGAUGGAUUCUUGAAUGGAUACAACUGCACUGUGUUUGCCUAUGGUGCAACGGGGGCGGGGAAGACGCACACCAUGCUGGGCACUGACCAGGAGCCAGGUGUUAUGUACCUUACCAUGAUGGACCUGUUCAGUCGAAUUGAUCAAGUCAGAGAUGAGAAGGUGUUUGAUGUUGCUUUCUCUUAUUUGGAGGUCUAUAAUGAACAAAUUCGGGACCUGCUGGCCAAUUCUGGGCCCCUCGCUGUUCGUGAAGACAGUACUAAAGGGGUAGUGGUACAAGGUCUCACACUUCAUCAGCCUAAAUCUGCCGAACACAUCCUUGAAGCCUUGGACUAUGGCAAUAGAAACAGAACACAGCACCCUACUGAUGUGAACUCCUGCUCAUCACGGUCACAUGCUGUGUUCCAGAUCUAUCUAAGGCAACAAGAGAAGUCAGCCAGCCUAAACCCCAAUGUAAGAAUCGCCAAGAUGAGCCUCAUUGACCUUGCUGGCUCGGAACGAGCCAGUGCUACCAACGCCAAGGGCGCACGCUUCAGGGAGGGGGCCAACAUCAACCGCUCGCUGCUUGCCCUAGGAAAUGUCAUUAACACCCUGGCGGACCCAAAGAGCAAAAAAGCCCACAUACCCUAUAGGGACAGCAAACUCACACGCCUUCUGAAGGACUCGCUGGGAGGGAACUGCCGCACCAUCAUGAUCGCCAACAUCAGCCCUUCGUCUUUGUCCUAUGAGGACACCUACAACACACUAAAGUAUGCGAACCGAGCUAAAGAAAUCAAGUCUAAUCUCAAGAGCAAUGUGGUGAGUUUGGACAGCCACAUCAGCCAGUAUGCGGUGAUAUGCGAGAAGCAGCGAGCGGAGAUAGUUAUGCUGAAACAGAAACUGAAAGUGUACGAAGAGAAGAAAACGGAGGCUUUGACUGAUUCGAGUGCGAAUCCUGCGCGCGAAGCUGAGUUCAGAAAGAUGGAGGAGUCUCUGCAGAGCAUCUUCAGCAGCCGGGCGCAGAUCCGCCAGGACUUCCUGGCCCUGGAGCGGCAACUGAAGGAGAAUGAGCUUCGGCGACAGUACCGGGAAGAGUGGCAUCAGCAAGCCCAGCUGCUGUGUGCAGAGGACAAGGCUGAGAAGGCAACCUGCAAACAUGAGCGCAAGUUGGCCUCGCUGCUGAGCCACCAGCAGCACAUCAAGAUGAGGCUGUCGGAAGUUGAGCGGCGUUUCCAAGAAAACGAAAGCUGGCUGCAUCGUGCAGAGAAUGAGAUGAAGCUGUUGGGUGAGGAGGGACAAACUCCCAAGGUGAGGGUUCUCCAGAAGGAUUUGCAGUGCCACAAACUGCAGCUGCAGGUGGACGACCUUAAACGGCACAUUGACCAUAUCACUCAUCUUAUCCAUCUUCAGGAUCAGGAGAACAGGCAAACUCAAAAAAUAGUGGGAACUCUGCUGCCAGCAUUCCGCCAGCAGUACGUGGCUCUCAAGAAGGCAGGCCUGGCCACAUCCCAGAAUGACUCCGAGUACCAUGCUGUGGAGCAGCUUGUCCUGAGGGAGAGGGGCGUGGCAUGGGCUGACCAGCCACAGGAUGAGGAUUCCACAUCCAGCCAGCAGCUCGCAGCACUCCUGUCUUUCUCACACCUCGUUUCCCAUCAGAGCACUCCAUGCAGUACUGAGAGACCCAAGCAGAAAGUGUCCCGAACUCAUCAUCCUGUUCCAUUAGGAAAAGAGUAUUCCGGGAUUGGAGAUAAAGAGAAUGCUCAGUCCGUGGCACAGGAAGUCCACAUCAAGAAGCCCACAAGGAGGAGGUUAGCUGUGUCCCCCCAACAUGAGAGCGCUACCAGUGUGGCUCCGUCUGUCUCCGGACACAGCUUCCAGGAAGCCCUGAGUCAAGAGGGCAUGUUCCCGCUGCAGUACACCCCUGAGGGCGGCACCCAGCAUGACGCAGACCUGCAUGCCGCUGCUGAUGACCCCAAUGUCACGUUUGACCUUCCCGACAGUGAAAAACCUAGUAGUAAUGCUACUAUCAUCGUAUCCCCUGGGACCAGUAGCCACCAAGCUGUUGGAGGGCACGGAUCAAACAAACCCUACAGAAGGUUAGAGAUACCAGUCCUGAUGGAUCUCAAACGUGCAAAGCCUUCAUACAUGGCUAUGACUUCUGCCGCUCAACGCAAACGAAAACUCGGAGGUGGUAAUGGAAACGGCAAAGAGCCCCUUAAGGAGUGUUCCCAGGGCCUAGCCGCUCCUAAACGCAUGAAGCAGGACUUCUCCGCAGCCAGUAAGCCCAUGCGGGUACCUCGAUUCAAAGGGGUAGAAGACAACGGUCCGGGACGAAAGGUGAUGCGGAGCGUUUCGGAAGGGAACCUCAACCUUGUUGGAGUUCAGAAGCCAAAAUCCAGCUUUCUGAAAACCACACAGCUUUUCAAGAAAGUCACCAGAAGACUUUGAUUGCCUUGGUCCUUCUGCCCAUUCUAACUAUCCGAUUGUCAUUUCUAGAUCUACAUAUAAUGUGCUCUGGA